UUUCGUCCAAACCGGGUAGAGAAAUCUUCAACUGUUUUAAAGAUAUGGGCAAUCGAAUUUUUCAACUUUGACCUCCCCCUCCCUCUCCCCAAAAUUUGGGGGAGGGGCUAAAAUUUUUGGAAAUGACUGAUGAAAUGUAGUGCUAUCAAAAUGUAAAAUUUGGUGGAAAUCAACAGGUGGGUGUAAGAGAAACCGUUCUUGGGACAAUCCCUUUCCUACGUUAUACUCGUAAGCGCAACAGUGCUAGAAUUUGAAAUUGCCGCCAAUCAACGGAAACUUGUGGAGUGUUGUGCCCCGUCCAACGCUGCUACUUUAGAGGUUAGAAUGUACGUCGCCCGUUACCCGUGAUAAUUCUUGUUUUGGUUCGGAUUCUAUCAUUAUUUACUAUUUAUUUUCUUGAUUCAAACCUUGUGCUCGAUUUUUUUUUAAAGUUACUACUGCUUUUCUCUUCGCAACGCUGUGAGAGUGAGGUGGAAUAUGAAGAAUAAACUCUAUUGUUUACUUUUAUCAAGGCCAUAUAGUUACUUCAUGUUUUGGUUGAGUGUUUCUAUCGUCUAGUCAUAUAUUUUAAGGAGUUUGAUGCGCCAAGGAGUGGAUGGAUAGUAACUUCAAGCUCCAAAUCCUUCAGCCUCGUCAAUUGAAAAUUUUGAAGACAUCGCAAUGGUUGAUGCCGGCUUACAAACAGUAUUCUAAGAUUCUGAGCAGAAUCUCUACACAAUAAGUUCCUUUCAGGUGCGUUUUGUCUUUUUCUGGUCACGGUUGCAUGUCGAACGCCUUCAAGUUGGAGAGCUCAUGUAACAAUCAUGUUUUCUGCAAUCGAGCAAACAGGUGAAACUGGUGAAAAUGAAGAUCGAAGUAGGCGUCAAACCUCUAAAAGCGCCAGAGCUCUUCCUCGUGACAAAAUUUCUCUGCUUGGGCUGAUCAUUACUCUACUUGCAUUGCCAUUGUAUGUUAGCUCGUGUGACUUAGCAGUACAGAUUUUAUCGCACGGAAUCAGACCUGAGUCACUCACAAUGCAUAAGGGGCAAAAUAUAUGCUUUGAAGACUCUAAAGAACGCAUUCCGCUAACUCUGAUAGAUGUGAGACUUGAGACAAGAUACCAACUACAAUAUUACACAGCUGACUAUGAGCUCAGUUUAUGUACAGCGCCGCACGAGUGUUUGAAAGGGAAUGAUACUCUCUCCGUCAAUGAAGAGACAUCUUGUUUUUUGACCGGUAAACCGCACAGUGACACAAUUCAAAAUGUAUGUCAAGAAUGCCAGGAUCAAUCCGGAGGAAAAUGCGCGCAUUAUGCGAUAGCACGAAAAAAAGGAAAGUUGUCAGGUGUGUGGAGACAAUCGUCAAACCGAAGACAGCUUAAAUUUCAUCUCAGUAGAUUAGAUUCUCCAAGACAAGGUCAUAUUGUCUCCUCUGAAUGCGACAAUGUAGGGAUGGACUCAAAAGACGAUGUGACUUUAGAAAUUAACGAAUCUGAGUUCGAUAAGGCUGCACCUCGUUCGCUGCUAAAAUAUGGGGACGAUUUUUAUCCCGUUGAAAGCUCGGAGUUCGGACGGCCGGAAAGGGGGACAUUUGGAGACUAUCAAGUGAGCGUUGACAACAGAGAGACACUAUUCGCCAGUGCUCGAAAGUCUUGCGAAACGUUCGACAGUUGUUCGUGCAAUUGUAGCGAGCAACCAGGGAGCAUGAUCGGAUCAUUUUUAAGUAGAAAAGAGGAUUAUCAAAAAAUAGUUGGAGCUGUGAAGUUAAUAAAAAACGACACUCUAUUGGAUCUGACGGAUUCACAUGACUCAGUAGAUGAGCAGGUACUACUGACGAGUGACACCAUCAAGAUGCUCGUAAAGAAUAUCAGAUGUAAAGGAGGCUUGUGGGGUUCAGCGCCUGCUCCCGAGGCAAUGAUGCAAACUGCAGCUCCAAACACCAUGCAAAUCCUCGCGGUCACAUGCGCGUUGUUCAUAAUCUUUGCGCUCCUUGGUUGUCUGCUUUGCACCCAAGCUGGGAGAACAUGUCUCUGUAUUUGGUGCACGUGUCAUGUAUGUCAGAAAUGUUGCUGUUCAUCGGAUGAUGAUUCCGAUGUGGGGGUUAGAAAUAGUUCCAAUGGAUGUUGUGAGGGUUGUUUUUUGCCUGUUGGCAGUGGCGGGGAUGGAGCAAGUGAUCAUGAUGGAUUUUGUGACUGUUGUGGGGGCGGUGGAAGUCAUGCAGGCAAUGGUGAUUGUUGCGGUGAUGGAUGUUGUGAUGGAGGUGAUUGCGCUGAUUGCGCUGAAUGUGUUUGUGAUUGUUCGUAGUUUUAUUUGAAACCUUUGAUCGCUCAUGCCGCAUGCUUUGGGCGUAGUAAAAUGGAACGGGGAAUUUUUCCAGUGGCAGUGAUCAUUCAAAAAAAAAGUCGUGAAAAACUCGUAGAGGCGUUAUGAAGAUGGGUAUGAAUGGCCAAAGUGCAAAAUCACGUAUCUUUGUUUGUGACGUUGCAGACUUCCUGUCAUACUUUAUUUUUUCCUUGGAAAACUGAUUAACGCAAUUUCUUGAAAAUUUCCUUAAUUUUUCCUCUCUGUUAGAGGAAUAUCUCGUAUAAAUUUCAAUCUAUAACUGUCUUGUUUCCGUACGAUGAAAUAAAAUGAGAGCGGAGAUUAUGAAACAUCGCAAAGGAGAUACGUGGUUUCGCACUCUGGCCAUCGAUAUAAACAAAAUAAUCUGAGUACUCUGUAAAAAUGUCAUCAAUAUUGUUGAAUUAGGUGUUAUGUUUCCUAAGCAUUUAUCAGCCAGAAGAACAAUCGAAAUUGAUACUUAAAAAAUACUUUUAAACUACUCUUAAGGAUUACUCUCUAAAAGUUAUUAUUAUAUAUUAGGUCAUCAUUCGGAGUUCCUGUCCUCAUGGUUUUUGGCCCGGUUUUUUAAAUAAAUUCAAAUGAUCAGCAAUCUCUUACCUAUGAGUUACUAAGUAUUAUAUCGAAGGAAAGAAAAAAAAUAAGCUCUAACAAAAAUGUGUUUGCAGUGUGUAUAUGAAAACUAUCACUUUAAAAUAUUUCAAAAUCAGUUUAGUUUGUUCAACUGAGCUGUAGGGAAUGCUAAAAAUUCAAAAUACCUACCUGUUAAAAUUUGUGCCUUCAGUCCAACGAAAAGAUUUCCCGUGAUACUUGUAAUGAUUAUUUUCCUUGUGGCCCAUGGCUUAUGAUUAUUCCUCUACACGGAAAAAUAUAUAUAUUUUUUUAAUUCUCAUGUCUCUGAACUUGUGCGCUAAAAUUGUAGGUGCAUUGAUUUCGCUUCUAAACGGAGAGAAGUCCAAUCUCAAAAUUGAGACUGGUUAGUGAUUAACCUUUUUUCCCCCUCAUUGAUACCUUACAGAUUCCGCGUAUGUUUUAUGACCUAUUUUACAGUUCCUAGCCUAAUGCGAUAAUGCUUUAAUUCAAUUUAGGUAUGAAUCAUACGCGAGAAAAUAUAGUUUAUUUUUUUAAAUUGUUGUGAUGUAAUUAUUGUUAGUAUCUACAAAACAGAAACUUGACACAUGAUUGAUGAUGAGGUAGCCUCAUUAUUGGUUUCUUCAAGGGGCAUGACUUAUAGAAGGAAAAACAGUCCAAUGCGAAACUAUAAAUGUCUCUAUUUGAAUUUUACAAAUAAUAAAUGUUAGAGAGAAUAUGAUAUAUUGGUUUUUGUGUCAUACCUUGCAUUUUAUUAAAACAUGUUUGUAAUUUGUGCGCUUCAUAACCUGUAAAUCAAAAUCAAUUAUUUGGUGCUUUAAAUUGUUCAUGUAUUUUUACAAGCUCAAUGUGAGCCUAAAAUUUUGUCUUUCACGUAUACCGAAGGGAAUCUUUUUAUACGUAGGUCUUCUACGUAUUUAAAUAUUUCGUCUACAUGUUUUAUUACUGUUAAGAAUUCUUUUAGUUUGAAAGAAACACGAUUUUAUAAUAGGUAUUUCAGAAGCCCAAGGCUUAUUAAUCGUAGACGUUUGUUUGCUAGAUCAAAGCUUUCACACUUUUAAUGCACUAAUAUUAUUUUUUAAAUUUUUACUAAUAUUAUUUUUAAAAUAUUCUAAUAUUUUAAAUUGAGUGUGAGUCUGAUCCUAAAGAUUUGCCCAUCAGCUUGAGGCAAAUAACUUUUGAAAACCCGAGGUCACUUAAUCCUCAAAUGUUUGAAAACCCAGGUGUUUUUGUACAAAUUUGUCUAAUAAAAUAACAGAAAAACAGAA